GCCGGGAGCCCAGGUUGUGCCGCUGCUGCUCCUCAGCGGGGUCUGUGGGGGGACAGACCUGCACUAACCCCCUUCUGUGCCCAGCCGGGGGGACUUUCUCCGGUGGCUGCAACCAGCCCCUGGGGCAGCCCCGGGCUCUGCCGAUACCAGCCCCUGAGCCGGAGCCUGCAGGAGCUGGUGACCUUUGAGGAGGCGGCUGUGUAUUCCACCGAGGGGCACGUCUCACCGCAGGGCCCCCUGCAGGUUCGCCAUGCAGGAGAACUACGAGAACGUGAUCUCGCUGGCGGAGGAGAUUGCGAUAAGCUGGCCCCGGAUAACCGCUUUUGCCGAGUCCCACAGGAGGAGAGGAUUGGUAUCCGGUAUAGAGAUGGAGUCAGAGCAGGGCCAGCUGGAGCCAGCCCAGGUGCAGAACUCAGCCACGGCUGGGCCCAGCGAAGGAGGGAUGACCCCUGACUUGCGUCGGCAGCUGGGUCUCAUCCUGCAGACCGCCGGCCGGAGCCAGGUGGAGAAGAUGCUGCGGGAGCUGGUGAGGGAGCAGAGCCAGGAGGGCAAACGCAAGGCUCGCAAGAAAGCCACAAGGAGUGCCAAGGAUGGAGCAGGUGACGGGGCGCCAAGUGACAAUGAGGAGGCGACCCCCCCCCAGGAAGGUUCUGAGAAGGCGGAGUCACCCGAGGCCUUGCCAGGAAAAACCGAGGGCCCCGAUCAGGGUAAAGCCAGCGGGAGCCAGUGCCGGUCGGAAGGGCAGCCACCGCAGCAGAAGAGCCCCACGCCGGGGAAGCAAGAGGGCAAAGCCACUCGCCGCACCAGCCUCAAGAAGGGGAAAGAGCCCCCACUGUCGCAGCAGCAGCAGCAGCGGGGGGCAGGCGUCUGUACCGAGUGUGGGAAGGACUAUGGCUGCGGGCGGGCAGCGCAGCGGGUGCAGACACCGGAGAAGCCUCACCAGUGCGGGGAGUGUGGGCGCUGCUUCCGCCAGCGCUCCAUCCUGGCCAAGCACCAGAAGAUCCACACGGGGGAGAAGCCCUACCGCUGUGACGACUGUGGCAAGUGCUUUAGCCGCGGCUCCAACCUGACACAGCACCAGCGCAUCCACACCGGCGAGCGCCCCUUCCAUUGCAGCGACUGCGGCAAGAGCUUCAUCCAGAAGUCGGACCUGGAGCGGCACCAGCGUGUCCACACCGGCGAGCGCCCCUAUCAGUGCGGCCAGUGUGGCAAGUGCUUCAGUGUCAGUUCCCACCUGGACCGGCACCGGCGCACCCACCUGGGGGAACAGCGCCGCCACCAUGCCUGCGGAGGAAGCAAGGGCUGCGGCGGCGGCCCGGCAGCCCGUCACCGGGCCUGCCAGGCUGAGGAGGAGGACGAGGAGGAGGCGGUGGCUGCCCACCAGUGUCCCGAGUGUGGGAAGUGCUUUGCCCAGCGGGCCUCACUCUCCAAGCACCGCAAGACCCACAGCGGCGAGCGGCCCUACCAGUGCGGUGACUGCGGCAAGCGCUUCAGCCGCAGCUCCAACCUGACCCAGCACCAGCGCAUCCACACCGGCGAGCGCCCCUUCCAGUGUGGCGACUGCGGCAAGCGCUUCAUCCAGCGCUCCGACCUGGAGCGGCACCAGCGCGUCCACACUGGCGAGCGGCCUUACACCUGCCCCGACUGCGGCAAGAGUUUCAGCGUCAGUUCCCACCUGGACCGGCACCAGAAGAUCCAUGCUGCUGAGCAGGCCUCCUACCGCUGCCCCGAGCACCUCAAGGGCUUCCUGGCCGCCCACCAGCACGGCAAACUCUUCAAGUGCUCUGACUGUGGACGCUGCUUCAGCCAGAGCGCGGCGCUGAUCAAGCACCAGCGGGUGCACGCCAGCGAGAGGCCCCACCAGUGCACGGACUGCGGGAAGAGCUAUGUGGCCUGCGGCGCUGGCCCCAAGGCCCAGGCGGCGGCUGGAGGGAAGCCCCACAAAUGCACCGACUGCGGAAAGAGUCUGGGCGGCAUCUCGCCCUCUGUGCUGCACCCCAGGCUGCGCGCCCAGCAGUGCAUGGACUGCGGGAAGAGCCUGGCAGCAGGGAAGCCCCCACCACCACCGGCGGAGAAGCCAUUCAAGUGCACGGACUGUGGGAAGGGCUUCGGGCAGCGCUCGGCCCUGGUGAAACACCAGCGGAUCCACACGGGUGAGAAGCCCUACGCCUGCCCUGACUGUGGCAAGGGCUUCAUCCAGAAGUCGGACCUGACCAUCCACCGGCGCAUGCACACCGGGGAGAAGCCCUACCGCUGCCCCGAGUGCGGGAAGUGCUUCAGCGUCAGCUCCAACCUCAUCACCCACCAGCGCACUCACCUGGGCGAGAAGCCCUACCAGUGCUCCGAGUGUGGCAAGAGCUUCAUCCAGCGCUCAGAGCUCACCAUCCACCAGCGCGUGCACACUGGCGAGAAGCCCUACAAGUGCCCCGAGUGCGGGAAGUGUUUCAGCCGUAGCUCCCACCUCAACCGGCAUCAGCGCACCCACGCCGGCGACAAGCCCUCGCUGCUCUCCGCCACCAAGAACUCCGUCGCUGCCACCAGCAACCCCCUGCAGGCCUCCUCUGCCUUCUCCUCUGCCUCCUUCUCCUCCCCGCUGGGCACCUCCUCUGCCCCCCUCCCCACCCUACCCUCUUUCCCUUCCUCGCCCUCACCCAUCUCCAUCCCCGCCCUCUCCAAUAACCCACUGGAUCUGCCCUGGGCCCUGUCCUUCCCAUCCCGUGCCUUCCCCCACCCUUCCUUCCCCUCGCCUGCUCCGUCCGGGGCCCCGGCCUCAUCACUGAUAAACUAACCGCCCCCCGCAGCCUCUCUGUUCCCCCUCGCUCCCCCUAAUUCUUGCCUGCCUCCCUCCUUACUCCCCAUGAAUCUUGCCUCUCCCCCUCCAAUCUCCCACUGGGCACCACAUAAUCUCAACUCUCUCCCCCCGGUACCCCAUGAAUCUCACCUUUCUCUCCAACACCCCCACUGUCUCCCCAACCCUCCCCUCCCCCCCCAAUCCCCACCAGCACUGCCAAAUCUCUUGCAGUUUCAUGGUGAGUCUCGUGAUAUUUGGCAUUUUCCCUAAAGCCUCAGUUCCUGGAGCCAGGGGAUUUUCAUGAGAAUCUCAGCUUCGAAAAUUUCUCGUCCUGGUUGCAGAGAAAGGCAGGAAAACAUGAUCCCUGGUGGCUCAGACACCAGAAGGCAAAUAAUCCCAAUGCUGAAUUUAGUAUUUUUAAGCCAAAUUCCUGAUUGUUUGGGGGCCUGCGAAGGCAUGGGGCUGGUGAUACUGCUAUGGCUAUGAAGCUGGUCUUGUCUUUCUCCUUUCCCCAGUCCUUCUCUUCCUUCGGCAUUCACGCCAUCCACCUCCUCUCUCCUUACCAUCCUUUUGGCCUUUCCCCCGGACACUCCUGGUUCCUCCACCUCUCCCUUUCGUGUCCCCAGUGCCUGUACCAGUGGCCCCUCUGAUUCUGCCGCACAACAUCCUCAUUCAGCUCUGCAGCACUGGACCAGAUCCCCUUCCUGGCUCGUCACCAGCUUUUGCCCAUCUCUGGGCAAGGCGGUUGCUGAGCCCUCUCCAUCUCUGAUCCUCUCUGUCUUCACUCUGUGUGAUCCCCACAGGGAUCACUGUGCUGUUGUAAAAGAAAUCUUAGGAGGCCCAGACCUGAAGGGAAAGGCAGAUAGGCCGAGACUGAAAGCAUCCUGUGCUGAGAGCAGCAGCAAAGUCCCAUGCUCCUCCGGUGAGUGGAAUGAACAAUUCAAUCCCUACCCUGCAGAGUUCAAGUGUCCAGAGACACAACAGCCUAGCAAGCCAAGCCGCUGACUGCGUGGGCUACUGGAGGGCUGGCAUCUCCAUACCUGUAGCCAAGCAUAGGUUGGCGGGGGAAGGUUAGAGUUAGGGCUGGUCAACAAUUGUCACAUUCUGAUGAAAAAUUAUGUUGACCUCUUGAAUUUUGAUGGAAAAGAGAAGAAAUUAAUUUUCCAACAUUGUGAAUCCCCCCCCUUUAUUCCCCCCCCCCCCUUCUUUUUGAACAUCUCUAGAGCAUGGCCAACAUCGUCUGGACUUUCAAAACUUCUGUGCAAAUUUUAGAAUUUUGAAAUUUUGAAAACUGGACCUGACAUUUUUAUUUUUAUUUUUUUGCUUCCCCUCCCCUUCCACCCUGUUUUUCAGCUGCCUCUAGUUAGGAUCAUCACUGAAAAGCUAGGUAACAGUUAUCACUCAAACUAAUUUCAUUUGGCUCGUCCCGUAUUUCUGCUUCCAUCUUGGAUCAAUUACUAUCUCUGACUGCUCUUGCGACUCUGUUUUCCAAGUCUGUUUCGAUUUUCCUUUUUUUAAAUUUUUGUAACCUUGUAAAUAGACCGGUGAUAGUUUUAGACUCUGUAAAUAUUUUUUUAAAAUCUAUUUUCCUGUUACUCGUAGAGGAGAAUGCUGUGUUUUAAACACCUGCUGUACUGUAAUGAAGAAGGAGGGAGUCCGGGAGGACUUAUCCGGACUUAGCCACCCUCCCAGCACACUACUUGAUACCCAAAGAGAGAUUCCCCUUCAGCCCCAGACCAUUUAAGAAACUAAAGAGUCAGUGUGGUAGCAGGUAGCAGCAAAUACUUGAGACUACUUAAAUCCAUAUUUAGGCUGGUGUAUCCAAACGCCAAGUGUCCAGCAUAUCCCAAAUCACCCUUGCAUUUUGCAACUGCUGUCAUGUAUUCCCACAUCCCAGCUGGAAUUUCAUGCACCCCCCCUCUCUGCCCCCCAAGUGUUUGCCUUCAGCUCCCUCUUUCUGCCACACGUGAGCAGGCAAGGCGCCUCCCUGGCUUGCCUUUUGCUGCCCCCUGGCACUGGAUCCCAGCAGGGAAGAAACGCAUGGGAAAAGCAGAAGGCAGCAGCAGUGUGCCCAGCUGGCAGGGAUGGAAUAUGAGGAGAUUCAGUACAAGCCACAUGAUCCCCUGGCUGCCUCCCAGACAGCAGCCCUGACACUUCAGCAUCCAGCUCCCCCAGCAUUUUCAGCACCCUUCAGACAGCACCAAGACGCUCUCUCCACACUCAGCAACCCAUCCAUCUCCCUGCAGCUUUCCAAGGUUUGUGCAGCCCCAUGUCCUGCCCCAUCAUUGCUGGGGGCAGGACAGUGUUAGAAGAUAAGAACAUAAGAACGGCCAUACUGGGUCAGACCAAUGGUCCAUCUAGCCCAGUAUCCUGUCUUCCAACAGUGGCCAACGCCAGGUGCCCCAGAGGGAAUGAACAGAACAGGUAAUCAUCAAAUGAUCCAACCCCUGGAUCAUUUACCCCAGCUUCCAGCAAACAGAAUCUAGGGACACCAUCCCUGUCCAUCCUGGCCAAUAGCCAUUGAUGGACCUAUCUUCCAUGAAUUUAUUCUUUUUUUGAACCCUGUUAUAGUCUUGGCUUUCACAACAUCCUUUGGCAAAGAGUUCCACAGGUUGACUGUGCGUUGUGUGAAAAAAUACUUCCUUUUGUUUGUUUUAAACCUGCUGCCUAUUUUUCAUUUGGUGACCCCUAGUUCUUGUGUUAUGAGAAGGAGUAAAUAACAUUUCCUUAUUGACUUUCUCCACACAAGUCAUGAUUUUAUAGACCUCUAUCAUAUUCCCUCUUAGUCGUCUCAUUUCCAAGCUGAAAAGUCCCAGUCUUAUUAAUCUCUCCUUAUAUGGAAGCCGUUCCAUACCCCUAAUCAUUUUUGUUGCCCUUUUCUGAAUCUUUUCCAAUUCCAAUAUAUCUUUUUUGAGUUGAGGCAACCACAUCUGCAUGCAGUAUUCCAGAUGUGGGCGUAUCAUGGAUUUAUAUAGAGGCAAUAUAUUUUCUGUCUUAUUAUCUAUCCCUUUUUUAAUGAUUCCCAAUAUUCUGUUCGCCAGAAGCUGCAGUUUAUGAUGACAUGCAAAGUGGUUGCAAGCAUGCAGAUUAAUUUAUUAAAUCAUUAGAGAGCCAAGGUGGGGGAGGUAAUAUCUUUUAUUGGACCAACUUCUGUUGGUGAGAGAAACACGCUUAUAAGCUACAUAGAGCUCUUCUUCAGACCUGGGAAACUUAGACCUGGUCUACACUGCAGAAUUAUUUGAUAUAACUACAUCAAUCAGGGGUGUGAACGAUCUACACCCCAAAGCGACAUAGUUGUACUGGCCAGACAAUCACUUCGUUCUCGAAUGAACUCUCACAGAAAAAUGAUAAAAGACAAAAACUCUGUCACCAGUGUGUGAACACUUGUCACAAAGUAAUCCCCCCCAUAUCUGACCUGCUGAACACCUUCAAAACAUGAGCCUGGGAGUUUAAAUUCAUAACUUUGCUAGACACUUAAAAUCAUGGUCUUAAUAAAGACACUGGAUUUAUGACUUAUUAUAUUUAUGUAACCCACUAACCCCCUUUUUGUUCUGUGAUUACAAGGGUGUUAGUCACACUUUGCCUUGAAUGGUCCCUUAGAAUAAGGACUUAGUACUUAUGCUGAACUAUCUUUUUGAUCUUGUAUUUAGCUGUGACACUCUGAGCCCUGGUCUACACCACAGAAUUACUUCGGUAUAACUACAUCACUCACACCCCAAGUGGUGUUAUACUGACCUGAGUGCCAAUGUAGGCAGUGCUAUGUUGGCGUCGCGGAUUAACCUGUGCCACUGAGAGAGUUUUCUCCUGUCAGUGUAGAACGUCUUCAUUGAAGCACUACAGCUGUGCCGAUGCAGAGUUUUAAGUGUAGACUUAAAACUGAGUACCUUUCACACUCCAUGUCGCUCGAAAGCUUGUCUCUCUCCCCAGCAGAAGGUUGUCCAAUAAAAGAUAUUACCUCACCCACCUUGUCUUUCUAACAUCCUGGGACCGACACGGCUACAACAACACUGCAUACAUCAUUACAUCUUUGGGAAAACUCCAGCCUACGUGAGUGGCCUAAUUUUUCAGAGGUGCUGUGCUCCUGGCCCAUGACUGGGGCACCAAGUAUUACACCCAUGAUAGUAAUAAAUGAAAUACUGCUGCUUCUCCUUGACACUGAUAGUCUUUAUGGCUGCCCAGUGCCCCUGAGAACCAGGCAGAUUUCAUUUAGAUGCCUUCAUAUGGCUAUAGGGACCAAAUCCUCAGCUGGUGUACAUUAGUGUUGUGUCAUUGACCUGAAGGCAGUGAAAAACUCCAACUGAGAAUUCUAUUCUAGUAAAGAAGUGGGGUUUUUUACCCACAAAAGCUCAUGCCCAAAUAAAUCUGUUAGUCUUUAAGGUGCCACCGGACUCCUCGUUGUUUUUGUGGAUUCAGACUAACACGGCUAUCCCUCUGAUACUAUUCUAUCCGAGUGGUUUUUAUACCACUUUCAUCACCGUAGCAUCUGAGUGCCUUCCAGUAGUGCAUUAAACAUCUGUAUAAUAUCUAACAGUUUAGGCACUGAGGUCUAACAAUUCGGGCCUAAAUAUAUGUUUUUAACCCUCCCAUAAAAAGACCCAGAAAACUGUACUGUACCGCUGACUAAAGAACCAGGCUUCAUUUGGACUAUUGUGUUUUGGGAUGAUCCUAGCUUUUUUGUGGGUCAUGAAAGAGAAGAAAAAUGGGAUUUGGAAUCCCCAAGCAUUUUCAAAUUUGGGUUUUGGCUUGGAGUGUCUGUUUCUGACAGUGGGGCUUGGCGCUUCAGAGUAUAAACACCCCACAGCCCAGUGAAAAAAACAAUCCUCCCACGAAGUCUAUGAAUGGGUUUUGCAUCAUCAGGAUGAGAAACUUGGAACCAGAAUGCAAGUGCCAGCUGAUCCAGAGUUCUGUUCGAAUAUUCAGAGCUACUUGGUCCAGGAAGUUCCUUGUUCUUAAAGAAACAGACACUUGAAGUGACAGGAGAAAACCUUUGUUGUUUUUGGUUUGAAGUUUGAUUUCAUGCAUAUGGUGAGGAACCAUAAAAUCAAUUAACCUGAUUAAGUGACAAACAUUAAACUUAGAUGUUAAAUUAUUUGCAGCCUUUAAUUUUGUGCUAGCACCUUAGGUGCCACGAUGAUGGGAUGCUUUGAAGACAGACACUUAGAUAGACCUAUUAAAUAGAAAGACAGGUGGAAAGACGUGGGAUAUCAAGAAGGAACUGCAUCAGGAGAGGUAUAGCCUACGUAACAGAGGCCUUUGUGCAACCUGAGACUCAACCUCAUGUGUGAACUAGAAGACCAAAAGAUUCAGACUUGUGAUCUUGUUCAGCAAUAAGGAUGAGGUAUUUUUUGGUGGAAGACGAGUGUGUGGUAUUGCAGCUGGAACUGGAAAUGUUACACAUGGAGUGAACCCUCAAUAACCAGAGAAGUAUCAAUGCCAGGAGGAAUGUUACAUUGACAAGGAGCAAGAUCUCGAGGGAUGGCAUUAUCAGGAAGAGCCACAGGACUGUCGCGGUCAUGAGCAGAGAGACUGUUCCAGCAGCUGUUGGUCUUUCACCUGAGGGUGAUGGUGAAAGAUGAAGAAUAACCUCCACCGCUUUAAACAGUUAUUCUGUAAACACACCGCUGAAGGAUGCCUGAUCUGGAGUGGGUUUGUUAUGUGCCUUCGAGAAAGUUUGUGAAUGGUGCAAAUUGAAAGAAGAAACAGGAGUUUUCCACCUGUCACUGCUGUUUCUGGGGAAACACAUAAGGCUGAUGCUAGAAUGAGCUCUUGUGCUACCAUGAGAGCUGUUCUGCUGGUGACGGAAGCAUAGUGCAGAUGCUUCUGCCUGCUCAGUAAAGGGGCUGGUACAAAUUGUAUGCAGGGUUUCCAUGCCAGUGACUUUGAGAAGCUGUCAGAGGCGUCUCCCUAGAAAAACUGAAAUGUAUCUCUUCGUGGACAGUUUGAGGGCAUGUCACAGGGAUCUCAGAGUCUGAAAGCUGAACCCAGUCGGAAAGGCCAAUGGGGUGGUAGAUCGGUACCAUAUCUGCCAAGGGCUCAAUGGCACAGUGAGCCCUUGGAAACGCUGGCCAGUUUGCCUGCUGGUGCUUCCUUUUGGAAUGAUAAAUGCUCCAGUGGCAUUUCAAAGGAUGGGCAACAAAGAGGCACCAGGGCUGAAUGGGAAUACAUUUGUCUGCAGCUAGAGGUGUGAGGUAUGCCCAAACCAUGGACCAACUCUGUCUGCAAGGCCACUACCGAGAGCAGCAGACCUGUUGCUGGGGUGCUAAAGUGGGCAGGGUGGAGGUGCUAAAGUGGCGAGCCUGCUAGAGUGGGGUGUACCAAAGACUGGCCCACUAUGAAGAAGGCUUUUUGGGAGCAGGGGGGUUACUGCUGCAGUACCAUUGGGAGCACUUGACACAGACCAGCAUGCGCUGAACCGCAUCCAGCCGAAGGAGACAGAAAGCUGUACUGAGAGUAUUACUGGAAACGUAAUGGGGGUGUUUUCUGAAAUGAUUCCCUGAGUCUGCUCUCGCUGAAAUUAAUGGGAAGACUAGGCAGCUCGGUCAACGCCCCUUGCCUUUGAAAAUCCCAGCCUCUAAGGCCAUGCCCUAAAGGGUCAACCCACCCCUCAUCUUGGGUACUGCAGCCAACUGUCUUCUACUCACAGGAGAAAGGAUAUGGCACAAAUAGAGAUGUGAUGCAGAAGAGCAAAGAAAAAUAUCAGGAUCUUGGAUAGAUUUAUAAAGGUCAGGACUUAGUGUAGAGGGGAAGUGGCAUGAUGGAGGAAAUGAACGGUGCAGUGGGUGCUCCCCUUCAUGCCAUUCCCAUAACACAGCCACUAUAGGGAGCACACGGUGGAAUUGAAAAAGCCACCUAUUUAAAGAUGGUAAAAGAAAAAAAGUAGUUGCGCCCAGUGCGUAAUUAACCUGUGGAACUCAUUCCCACUAGAUACUACUCAGCCCAUUGCCACAGUACUAAGUGUUUCAUGAAUGGGCUACAUUUUCCAAAGUGGCUUAAGACGCCUUUGAAAGUGGCCUGGUUUUCAGAAAGGUGCUGAGCCCCCACUCUCUGAAAAGCAGUCCCCGGAAAGGGUCUCAAGUCAUGCUUCCAAAAAUGGAGGCAUCGAAAAUCAAUAGUCACUUCAGAAAAGUCAGGCCUGCUGCAGGUAACGAGCUCUGCCAUUCCACGACCAAAGCGAAAAAUGUGGGCAUGUUAUAAUGCUCCUGCUACUGGGAAAUGAGCCAGUCACUGGCUGAUGGAGGUAAGGAACAAAAUUCCCCCUGGGGCAGGGAAUUGUAUAAAUGCACCUUCAUCUAAAGCAGCUGACGCUGGCCACUGUGAGAGACUGGAUACAGGGCUAUGUGGCGCCUAAUCCAGUGUGGCAGUUCCUCCUUUCCUAGGGCAUGAGCAGGUUUUAACUCACUAAAGUGAAUGGCAGAGAUUGUGACACCUCUGUAGGCAGCAUUACUGAAAUACUGUGUCCAGACCAAAAAAACCCUAUUCCCUAGUUAAACCUUUUCAGCAGAGCUAGUGUCAGGGUCCUUGUAGCAUUGCUAUUCCAAGAUAAUACAAUGACUUGGCACACCGAUGAGUUGCUGUGAAAAUGGGGCUGAAUGAUACUAAACAUAGGGUUGCCAACUCUUACAAUUUUAGCAUGAGUCUCGUGACAUUUAAUGUUUUCCUUUAAGCCCCAGCUCCUGGAAGCAUGUGAUUAGGGGGUGAAUCUGAGCUUUCAUUUAAAACAGUUUCUAGCCUUUGUGGUUGAAGAGAAAAACUUGAAAAUUGGACCCCAAUAUGAACCGAAAGCAAAAUAAAAAUCCCUAACUUGAUUUUUUUUUUUUAAAGAACCUCUUGAUUUUUUUUAAAUCAGUCUGAUGAUUUUUGGAGCUUGACUCUUGAUUUUUUGACAUCUUGGGAUUGGUAGCGUGGUAAAUGUGUCCUGAGGCCAUAGGAAGUCUAAGCCAGUGGGGCUAUGGAAACGAAAAGGGAGGGAUGAAAAUGGAUAGGUGGGUGACAAAGAUUUCUGGCCACAUGCACUGCCAAAGAAAUGCACUAUGCCCGUUCUCUUGUGGGGAACAAAGAGGCAGCUGAAGUGCAGUUUUAACUUGGGGAAGUGACUGCAAAAUUGUAUCGGGUUUAUCGUCUCUCAGUGACUCCUCAGGGGAGAAGUCGAAAGAUCCUGCUUUUAAAUGCCAGCUCUGUAAACUCAGCUUGGGAGCUGAGUGUGGAACUGGGCUCUUUUUGUAUUGUCAACACUGACACGGAGUCUGCAACUGGACUCAGCUCUGGAGAGGAUACACAAACCAGAUGAGAAGCAUGGGAGAGGGGUGGGCUUGUCUGGUCUGGAGGGGAAUGAGCACAGGGCUGGGCCUGGGGAAGCCCUGAGUUCCAAUCCUCACUCUGCCGGAGAUCUCUAUCUGGGGUGGGGUUAGUCAUUGUUGCCUUCUUGUGCCUCAGUUUUCCCACCUGUAACCUGGGUGUGGAUAACAAUGCUACCCACUCACCUUGCAUUGGCGCUGUGAGGUGAAUUGCAUAACUCUGCCCUGCAUUUUGAGCCUGUAAAUUGCCAUAUCCCUUCUGGGUCAUGUUAUCAGGAGUAUAAAGUAGGCAAAACUUGCUCCAGUAAAGACAUACAUGGGGAAUAGGAUGAUGCAGUAAGAAGAGGCCUGUUUAAACUCUGUCUAACCCUUUUCUCAUUGUAGCAUCUCACACACCCCUGUGAAGUAGGCAAACGCUAACAUGCCCAUGUUACAGAUGGGGAACAGGGGCACAGAGACGCUAUGGGGAAGACCACACUACAUACAUCACUCUAGUAUCCCAGCUGAGAGCCCACCUCCCCAUGGGGAGACAGCUGUUUUCCCAGUAUAGUUAAACCACUUCCCCGAACGACAUAAGCUAUGCCAGCAAAAGGGCUUGUUGGCCAGGGUAAGCUGUGGCUACAUGGGGGUUUUGCUGGCACAGCUCUGGGGACAUGAUUUUGUCUCACUCCCAACUGACAAACCUUUGCUGGAAAAACUGGUAGCAGAAAAUUGGUAGCAUAGACCUGGCCUAAGUGAUUUUCCCAAGGUCAUGCAGAAAGGCGGUGGCAGAGAAGGGACCUGAACCAAGAGCUGGGGAGUCUCAAGCCAGUGAUCUAACCACUGGGCCAUCCUUGCUCCCUGAAAAGCUGCUCUUGAGAGCAAUAUUGCACUUAGUGGUUCAUCUGGGCAGCAUCUUUGCUGAAGGACUGGCCCAGCGGAGGGUUUGUCUGUGGGGGAGGGGAAAUGGCCAGCAUAGCUGUAGUGCAAUAACUAUUGUACGAUAGCUUUUCUAGAAUAACAUUCCAAUGUGGACACACUAUUGGGAAAUAAAAAGUGAUUUUACUCUGGAGUUAGCAUUCCAUGUAAUUAUUCCAAAAUAAAAACAUCUUUAUUUCGGACAAGAGUGUCCACCUGGGGGAGUUAGGAUGGAAUAGCUAAACUAGACCAGAGUGGAAUAGCCAUGCCAGGAAAUCUCUCCCAUGUUGACAUGGUCUCAGUAUUCGCCCUAAAUGCUCUCACGUGUCCCUCCUGGACAGCAGAGGCUGGACGGGCUUGCUUAUGUGCCUGGGUGAGGGAUGAUGGGAACAACCUAUCUCCAGGACUAGGAUCCUAAAUGCGGAGCUGGUUGAUGGUUAUAGAAGCAAAUGAGUUUCAUUUUGAUAGUCCUGUAUUUUACUUAUGCGUCGCCCCUUGGAGUGUUUUUAUGAGUGGUGUUGUUUGUUUUCUGAGCCUGUUUCCAUUUUGCUAUGCUUUUGUAUCCUCUGUAAAUAGCCCAAGCAGUAGCAUUAGAGCCUGUAAAUAAAUAAACUUGACCUUUUUAUCUGUUUGUCCCCAA